AUGUCGAACACUACCGAGCAGGCGAUGUCGCCCAUCCCGCCGCCUCCGGCGACGGUCAAGCUGGAUGCGAGCAAGGGCCCACUCGUUUGGAUCGAUUGCGAGAUGACGGGACUGGACAUCGAUCGAGGCGAUAGGCUACUGGAAGUGGCGUGUAUCAUCACGGACGGCGAUCUCAACCCUGUCGACGAAGGCGUGAGCUACGUGAUCAGCACGUCGAAGGAGGUGCUCGACUCUAUGAAUGCCUGGUGUGUCAACCAACACGGCCUCUCCGGCCUAACCUCGGCCUGCCUCUCCUCGACCACCUCCUACCCGCACGCGUCGGUGCGCGCAGCGCUCCUGGCCUACAUGCGCGACCGCAUCCCGGUACCCAACGCCGCCUGCCUAGCCGGCAACACGGUCCACGCUGACAAGGUCUUUCUCGUCAAAGAGAUGCCUGAACUCAUUCAACAUCUGCAUUACAGGAUCGUGGAUGUGAGCUCGAUCAAGGAGCUUGUCAGACGCUGGUACGGCAGUGAGGAGGGGAUGACGUGGAGGCCCAGGAAGGAAGGGGAGGAGAAGAAGGGGGAUCAUAGAGCUUUGAACGAUAUCAGGGCUAGUAUUGACGAGCUCAAGUGGUACAGGGAGAAGGUGUUCCAGGCGCCUUCGAAGUGA